GGGUGGCGGUUCAGCUCUUCAGUCGGUUGACACUCCCGCAGUAACUCCAGCAGCAGAGGAAGGGCAGCACUCAGACCUGUCAUUAACACAUUAGCAACAUGGCCGCGGCGCUAGCUGCCUACCGUGUCCUCGGGAAGAGGGUGCUGUCGUAUAAAACAGUGCCAGCUGUUUUCCCAGAAGGCAUACGCAAACUUCAUUUCUCCAUUCAUGGAAAAAGAGGAGAAGCUAAAAUCUCAGAUGCUAUAUCCACACAGUAUCCAGUGGUAGAUCAUGAGUUUGAUGCUGUGGUGGUGGGAGCAGGAGGUGCUGGAUUACGUGCAGCAUUUGGGCUGUCAGAGGCUGGCUUCAAUACAGCAUGCGUCACCAAACUGUUUCCCACUCGCUCUCAUACUGUGGCUGCACAGGGUGGAAUCAAUGCAGCUCUCGGCAACAUGGAGGAAGAUGACUGGCGGUGGCAUUUUUAUGACACGGUUAAAGGAUCCGAUUGGUUGGGAGAUCAAGAUGCCAUUCACUAUAUGACUGAGCAAGCCCCUGCUGCAGUGGUUGAGCUGGAGAACUUCGGUAUGCCCUUCAGUCGUACAGAGGAUGGAAAGAUCUACCAGCGUGCUUUCGGAGGGCAGAGUUUGAAGUAUGGAAAAGGAGGACAGGCUCACAGGUGCUGCUGUGUGGCUGACAGGACGGGUCACUCUCUUCUGCACACUCUCUAUGGACGGUCUCUGAGGUACGACACAAGCUACUUUGUGGAGUAUUUUGCUCUGGACCUGCUGAUGGAAGAUGGAGAGUGUAAAGGAGUCAUUGCACUCUGCAUGGAGGAUGGAUCCAUCCACCGCAUCAGAGCCAAGAACACAGUAAUUGCCACAGGUGGUUAUGGCCGCACAUAUUUCAGCUGCACCUCAGCCCACACUAGCACAGGAGAUGGUAAUGCCAUGGUUACACGUGCUGGCCUGCCGUGUCAGGACCUGGAGUUUGUUCAGUUCCACCCCACAGGUAUCUAUGGAGCUGGUUGCCUGAUCACAGAAGGCUGUCGUGGAGAAGGUGGAAUUUUGAUCAACAGUGAAGGUGAACGGUUUAUGGAACGCUACGCUCCAAAUGCUAAAGACUUGGCCUCCAGGGAUGUGGUGUCGCGCUCCAUGACUAUUGAAAUUCGCGAGGGAAGAGGUGUAGGGCCAGAGAAGGACCAUGUUUAUCUGCAGCUCCACCACCUUCCUCCUCAGCAGCUGGCUACCCGCCUGCCCGGAAUCUCAGAAACUGCUAUGAUAUUUGCUGGGGUGGAUGUCACCAAAGAGCCUAUCCCUGUCUUGCCCACAGUCCACUACAACAUGGGAGGCAUUCCCACCAACUACAAGGGACAGGCUAUUACUUACAAAGAUGGUAAAGACCAGGUAGUGCCAGGGUUAUAUGCAUGUGGAGAAGCUGGCUGUGCCUCUGUACAUGGUGCCAAUCGCCUGGGAGCCAACUCUUUGCUGGAUCUGGUUGUGUUUGGUCGUGCCUGUGCCCUGACCAUUGCUGAGAAUGAUAAGCCAGGAGAGAAGCUUUCACCCCUGAAACCAAACGCAGGAGAGGAGUCAGUUGCUAAUUUGGACAAAAUCCGCUUUGCUAAAGGCAGUAUGAGGACCUCUGAGAUUAGGCUCAAUAUGCAGAAGACCAUGCAGGCCCAUGCUGCUGUAUUUCGUACUGGAGAUGUUCUAAAAGAGGGAUGUGUCAAAAUGGAUGCCAUCUAUCAGACAUUGGAUGACGUCAAAACAUUUGACAGAGGUAUUGUUUGGAACACUGACCUGGUGGAGACUUUAGAGCUCCAGAACCUGAUGCUCAAUGCUGUGCAGACUAUCAACGCAGCUGAGGCCCGCAAAGAAAGCAGGGGGGCUCAUGCCCGUGAGGAUUUCAAGGAACGUGUGGAUGAGUAUGAUUACUCCAAGCCCCUACAGGGACAAGAGAAGAAGCCUUUUGAGCAGCACUGGAGGAAGCACACACUCUCUUAUGUAGAUCCUAAAACAGGAAAGGUCACUCUGGAAUACAGGCCUGUGAUUGAUGACUCUCUGAACAAUGAAGACUGUGCUGCUAUUCCUCCUGCUAUCCGUUCCUAUUAAACACAAAUGCACUUUAACAUUUGAGGCCUCCUACACAUUUAUCAGUAAUAUGCUUUUGAAGUGUACUCUGCUCCAAUCAGACUCAUCAUGAAGUGCUUCAGUACUGGUAGUUCUAAAUAAAUCUAGUGUUUUGAGGUCUGUUGUAUAUUGUAUGUUCUUUAACUCAAAAAAAGGUUUCGUUUUGUUAUUUCUGACAAAUAAAAUGAAUCUGUGCUUUUAUGCAGAUAUGUACAAAUUGGUUGUGUCCAGCUUCUAUAUGCCUUCUAUAUUUAUAUUGGCGUAAUCCUGGUGAUACUGCAUGUUUAGUGUUCAGUAGAUCUGUUUAAGGUUAUUGACAAAUUCCAUCUAUUCCUAAUCUGAGAACUUUUCUGCAUGAUGGUGUUUUUGUGUAUGUGUUUUGGCAAGAAGACAUAAACAGACUUACAAAUAAAAUUGAUUUGUUUGUCUCACCAUA